CUCUUCCUUUCCUGAGAAAAACAGCCAACAUAUACAACACCUCUGACGGCGCUCAGGAGGGUUAGAAAAGCUCCCACUGGGGAGAGAAGAUCUAACGCUGCACCAAGAGAAAGAAAAGGAAGGAUUUUACAUACAAAGUUAUGCCAUUAUGGAGCCAGGAGAACAUUCUAGGGAGGAGCCAGCAGGGCUUGAAAUAACCAUGAAUGAUUACUACUUGUUUUAUGGGAAGCUCAGCUAGGCAACAGCUAGCAUUCACAACUUCAAAAAUAUGAUUUUUGCAGAAACCAUCGCCAAGAGUCAACCUUAACUACACCACACUGGUGUCAGGCCACCUCCGAAGCAGCAUUAAACAAAUACUAACAUCUGCCAGGAAGUGUCUGUCAGUGUUGGGUGGGAACAUUUAAACUUUGCUUCCAAUGGAAGAUCUUUGCCCAUUUGUAGCUGCUGGUCAGUGAGUCUUCAAAAAGAGGAGACGGGAAGAAAAGAAGGUGCAAGGGGCAGAAGAUAUCACGGUGACCAUAUAAAAACAUUAAUAGAGAAGGGGAAGAGGGUGAGGUGCAGAAAGGGAGCUGCCUCUGAUGUACCAAUGCCACCAACUCAAAAUUUUUACAAGCUGGCAAUGCUGCAUUUGAUAAAAAUUCUUGAUAUGAUUACUGCAUAUAUUGAAACCAAUUAGUACAUAUUUUUGGACUAAUACAGUACAGACCAACCCUGUCCUGUUCAGCACGAUGUCACCACUCAGCCAGAUGUUAAAAUCAUGAUCAGCCAACUCCCAUUGCCUAUUUGAUGUUAACAACGAGUAAUCCAGAUGGGGUGCAGGUGCUGUAAAAUAAUAAAAAGCUAUAUCUUUGAUCCAGAAGAUGUACAAUCCUCGAGAUACCCCAAUGAAGUAAACAGUUACAAACCAGACGGCAAUAAAUUCAAAGGCGAUCAGAACAAUGAAACUCCAGUGCAUAAAAAUGAACUGCAAAAUGAUGAGUUAAAGAGAACAGAAAAUAAAAACAGGUUCAAUAACACAAAAGAGGCCUUCUGGAACCACAAAGGAACUGCUCUUCACGAGGAAGGACUAGGAAACUGCAUUGAAAAGUUUGACAAUGCUCACAGUGGUGUCAAUUCCUGUAGUGGUACGCAUCCCUUUCCUAAUCACAACACAAACCGAAUCAAAGAAACCGUCAGACAUGGAAAUUCCAGCCAGUCAGCAAGUUCUUCUUUAGCCAACAGGACAAGAGACCUCUGCACCAAUGGACUCUCUUUACCAAAUGAAUCUGGCAAAGACUGUGACCCAGAAACAGGCAAUCACAAGAAGCCAGACUCAGAAGAGCCAGAACAUUCUCGAGAUGAGAACUCGCAGUCUGCAGGAGAAAACAGCUCUCUCACAGAAAGUGCAAUACUGGAGACCCAAAACGAUGCCAUCCAAUUACCAGACCUGGAUUACCUCCCACGUGAUAGCCAAACCAGAAACUAUAAUGCUCCUGAAAAGGACAGUUUUUCAGACAAUUACACACAUUCAGACCAAAAUGCAGCGUCUAUAGUGAUAAAUAAGGGUGAGGACCCUGGCCUAAGCCUGCCUUUGCGCAUGAAGGAAAAUUAUGAUUCAGUGGAGAAAGCUCUUAAAACUGAGUCUGUAAAUAUAUGCGUCAAAGAGGACAUGCCUGAUGGUCUUACAUCUGAGGGCCUCAUAACAGAAGCACAAGAGGAAAAGCACAUUAACCAUAAAGAAAUUAAUGCAAAAAUUGAAGAGGAGGAGGAGGACGCAGAGGUGGCAGAAGCUCUUGCAGCGCUGGAAGCUGCAACCGCGGGGGAAGAUUACGAAGAGGAUGAGGAGUAUUAGAUGGAGAUUUCUUUCUAACACAUUCAUAGUAAACUUAGUUCUGGAGCUGUGUGACACACUAAUGAAUGCAUGUGUUGUACAGAACAGACAAUUAUUGUAUAAAGCACAAAAACAGGAGCUGGGACUAGAACUCUGAUCAUUUAGCUGCUAAAACACAGUCCUUUACCACCUGAACUGAAGAAGAACUCCCUUGGCUUCUGGUAGUAAUAGGGCCCAUAUCGUUCCCAUAGGCCACAAACAAGAGCGUAGCAUCACUCACACAAAGCCAGCAUGUAACAAUAUAGUUCACGUGAAGGUUUUCUUCAGUUGACUCAAGGGCUUUCACACACCUCAAGUUUCAUGUUCAAAUGAAUCUCAAAGCACGGCUACAAAAACCAGAGUUUCCCCAUUUCUGGUAUAAGCCAUACAAAACCACAGAAUUGAAUCAUUUCAGUGUAAAAAUAUACAACUGACCCUAGGUUCAAAAACCUUUCAGCAAACUGUGACUAAGAAAUUAGCAGAGCUGUGAGAUGCAGUCACAGUGAAACCCAUGUGAAACUUGCCUGGUUUCAUGCUUUGCAAGAAACUAGAAUCACAAUCUCUUGACUCACCAAUUGUUUACAAACGGAUUUUGCCUCAGCCUCCCAGAAGAAGCAAAACCCAUUUGUUUAAAAAACACCCACAACCCAGGGAGGGCUAAAUUCAUCCUGCUGUAACUGGACUACAGUCCCUAGACUUACAGCAGGGAGACAGCUGUCCCCAAAUCAAGUACCUACUACACUUUAGAACUUUUGAAUCUCUACUUUCAGAAAUGUUUACCCUUUCUGGAUAAUUUCAUAUUUUUAGUUUUCAGUUAGUACGUUAAACUUCCUCUUGUACAAUUUCCGGUUGAAAGCCUAGGAGAUAUGGAAAAUAAACACUUCAUGUUUAAAGUCACCAAAUGUUGGAUGCUGUCGAAUGGCUGAGAUAGAAAAUGUGGUCCAAGUUUUAUAUUGUGAAUUGAUGGCUCCUGAAUUGAUUAUAAAUUGUUAAUAAAAUAAUUGUUUUAAAAUUUAGAGAACCAUUAUCUGUUGACUUUUAUACUUUGUUAGGUUUCUAAAUUAUGCAACAGUUGCUAAGAAAUAAACCUUCAAAGAAACUUAAUAUAAAACCCAUCCUCAAUUAAUGUGUGUGAAAAUUACCGAUUGUUAUGUCACCUUUGCCUGUGCAAUAUAUGCUACUUGCCUCCAGUCUAUAUGCCAACAGUCUAUUCAAGUGAGGAAAUGAUUGUAGUACAAUGCCAUUGUAAUCCUGCUAAUUUUAGUCAAAGGAUCAGAAUUCUGAAGGUAGAGCUCAUAUCUGAUCUAUACUAAGGCCUUUAAUCUUAGUCUUUACUUAGACCUGGAGUAUACUUACAAGUUAGGUCAACAUAGUUACUUUGAUCAGGGGUGUGAGAAAACCAAACCCCUAACCGACCUAGCUACGCUUACCUAACUCCCAGCAAAGAUGCAGCUAUGUUGACGGAAUGAUGCUUCCGUUGACCUAGCUGCCAUGACACGGUGUGGCGUUGUUUCCACACUGUUGGAAAAACCCCUUCCAUCCAUCUAUGCUGAGUCUACACAAUGAGAUUAUGCCAGCAUAGCUAGAGUGACAUGGCUAUGCCAGCACAGUCGCCAAUGCAUAGACAUAUCCUUAGGUUUUUCCCAAAUAGGUACUACAGUAUGAAACCCAUAUUUCUGCUUCCCAAAACACUACACAUAUUCCUGCUAAUAGUGGUUUAAAUUACUAUUGCUUCAAGAAAACCAAACAUGACUGAAAAUGAAAUAGUUGGCACAUUGUAUUGUCAAAAUAAAAAAAGCUCCAUGUGUUCUUAAUACAGAACAUUAGUCUCAAAAGACUGUCCCUUUCCUCUGCCUCCCCGGCAGUGGCUGCAUUUCAGUGAGAAGUGAACUUCUUGUAUGUGUUUAGUCUGUAAAGUGCCUGGGUGAAAAGCACUGUCAGAGAUAUUUCUGUGAAACUGAGACAUGUUAAAUGAUAAUAUUUAGUAAGGCAAAGUUAUACUUACUAAAUCUUUUCAUAUGUGAUUUUAUAUAUAUACAUAUAUAUUUACUGUAUUACUGAAUUCCACUUGUAGACAAUUUGUACAUUAUAGAUAAACCAGUCAUACUAGGAAAUUGCAUAUAUGCCUUUAUAUUGUGAAACUACAUUUUAUGGAAAUGUAAAAUCUGAAUAUUCUUCAGUUGAUAUUUCUCAUACUGCAGCUGGUUAGUAGAAAAGAACUCAUCUGUUCAACAGGCUUAUUAGAAAACUAAAUGAAGGAACAAUAUGUUCUGCAUAAAAUAUAAAAAUCAGACUAUACUAAGUUGUGCACCAUAAUUCUGCUGUAUAAAAUCAAAAGGACAUGUUCUAGUGUGUAACAGACUAUGCUACUUGGGGUAUAUUGUACUGUAUUCUUUUUCUCCUUGCUGAUACAGUAUGUAGGCAGCACUGCGAGGAGACAGUUUCUCACACAGACAAAUAAUGAAAGGAAGUAUUCUUUGCAUACUUGGACUGCCCAUCUGCAUACAACAAUUUCAAGGCAACUUAAAGCACUGGAUUUCCACUUGUUGGAUUUAGUCAGUUAAUAAUUUGGGCGUGAUUUGGGGGUAAUGGAGUUCAUUUCAGUGUUCAAACUAAGCUCCCCCCUUAGUUUAAUAGCCUUAUUUGCACAGUAAUUUGAUAAUUAAUGACCCAGGCCCACUUCAUUAAAAAAAUGGACAUUCCAUUGACAUGGACCCUAAAGUUGUUUCACACUUGUCAUUUUUGGCCUGAUCCAAAGCCACUGAACGGAAGUUUUUGACUGACUUUGGAUCAGAUUCCUUAUGAACAGCUGCUUUUUGUUUCUAACUUCGCUGUUAACAUGGUACAUAAAUGAAGAGCGGAAAGGAGUAUAAACAGUUUACUGGAGUGCCAAAAAAAAAAAAAAAAAGAGAGAGAGAGAAGCUAGUGGGUCUUUAGGUAAUUCAAAAAAUACAUACACAGACCAAGUAUCUUAUAUAAAUAUGGAACAUUUAGAGGUUGUAUACCAGGGCUCUUUUCCAAGCAACUUUUUUUCUCACUUACUAGGAUUUGUUCUCCAUUUAAACACUCCCUGUUUCUCCAAAUUAUUUAACGUGUUUAAGAAGCAUAAGUGUAGGCAACAGCAGCCACAGUAGCCCUAAUUCGGAACCCUUAGGAAUUUUCUGUGACCCUUAUUUGCAUGUAUUUGAACUCUAGGUUCUCCUGUAGAGUUCACCUUGACCAGCUAAAACAUGUUAAAAUACCACUUGCCCUCUCUGUGCUAGGAUUUUAAAACAUCUUACUUCAAACUUGUUAGCCAACGUAUUUUAAAAUACACCUUUUGCCCUAGUACAGACAUACCUUUGUAAUCCAUGCCUGCUUGGUGUGGCACUCUGUCCCCAGGUUACACCUUUGAAAGCAAAUCUACUCAGGUCAAGAACAGAGGCCUUGAAUCCUGAUUUCUUGUGAACUCAAAGCUCCCACUGACUUCAGAGAGAGUUCUGAUCAGAUAGGGAAAUGCAAGAUAAGUCCACGUGCUCAGUUUGUAGAAAAGAAAAGCACUCUAUGUUUUUCUUCCUUAUAAAGCAUGUGGAGAUUAACAAAUUAACACAAAAAAUGGAGACCUGGAGUCUGCAUGCUGCAACUUGCAAGGAACAGAGUUGGCAGGGAAUAGGUUGGAAAAUGGAGAUGAACGAGCUACAUGGAAAGGCUCCCCUGCAAGCUGCCCUAUUGUUACCACCACCCCACACAUCCACCACCAGCCAUAGCAGCACAGGAGGACCAGUAGUUGCUCUGCCAAUUGGUUUAUUGCCACCAAUGGGCUCUUCCGCCAUGAGUCAGAGCAUUGAAUGAGAUCAGUCACAGUUUUAUAGAGGAUCAUGCCAUGUAGUAUUGCUCCUCUUCCCAACCCCUAGCAUCAUAAUUCGUGGGAACUGAGGGCAGCCUCCCACUUAGCCACUUUCACACUCUGCAGGGUCGUACUGUGAUUUUAUGGGUAGAUUUGCUCUCGCUGUCACCCAUACCACUGAGCAGCUAAAGCAGCAUAUGAGCCAAUGUUACGGCCCCUUUCACUGACUACAAAUAAUAGUUAUUAAUUAAUAACAACCCAUGUCAAAAGGGAAGAGAAGCAGCUUACCUCUGAAAUAACCCUGAACUUCCCCUUGUUCCCACAGAAGCACAAAUUCUGUAUGUUUUCCCCUAUAAGUUUUCAAUAACUGUGUAAUCAGCAAGCCUUUUUCAGCCCUUUAAAAUGCAGUCAUGUAGAAAUGCAAAUACUAUCAACCUUUACAGUCCAUUUUAUUUUUGCAUAAAACCUCUUAGUCCAGCCAUUAGUGGGAAUAAAAUUUACUACCCUGGGAAAGCAGAGGACGUAAGCAAUGCUCUUGGAAAUUUGAGCGUAAGCUGCAUGCACAAAACUACACCUUUUAAGAGCCCCUCUCCUCCCUUUGUAGCGGUUAAAAAAAUCCCCAAACACACAUCAGAAGCAGCUACAUAAUAAAGAGGAGAACUACAAGUAAUGUAAAUACCAUUUAUGCUCCCUCUAUUCAGAGGGAUCAGUUUUAAGCAGAACUCUAAAAGUUGCAGUCUUCCAUUGCUAGCUUUCAUGUCAGUGUGAGCGAGCCUCUUGUCCACCUGUGUGCUAAUGGGAAUAGACACUUUAUGCGUUUCAAUGUGGCCUAAUGUAAAAUCAAACAUAUAGGAACAAGAAUGCAGACCAUAAUUACAGGAAGGCAGACUCUAUCCUGGGAAGCUAUGAUUCUGAAAGAGACUUGAGGGAUGGUGUGGAGGGAAAAAUCGGAUGAAAAUGAGCUCCCUGGGUAACUCCAAAGGUUAAUGCAAUCCUUGGAUGUAUAAAUAGAGGAAUACUGAAUUGGAGUAGGGAAGUUAUAUUACCUCCGCAUUAAAGGGAAAGUUAUGGGGUCACUUGAUCACAGUCUAUAAGUAUAUACAUGGGAACAAAAAUGUGAUAAUAGAGAACUCUUCAAUCUAGCAGACAAAUGUAUAACAAGAUCCAAUAGUUCAAAUACACAAAUCAGACUGGAAAUAAGGCAUACAUUUUUAACUGAGGGUAAUUAACCACUGGAACAAGUUAUCAAGGCUUUUGGUGGAUUCUCCAUCACUGGAAAUUUUAAAGCCAAGAUCGGAUGUUUUUGUAAAAGAUAUGCUGCAGGUGGAUUGAUUUAAAUCACAGUGAUUAAAUCACAGAUUUAAAUAAUAAUUUAAAUCAGCAAGCAAGAAACCUUGAUUUAAAUCAUUGACUUUUCCUUAAGAAAAUAACUAAAAAGUAAGAUUGACUCUCAUUGCUUGAUAAUUCUUUUGCUAGCCAGGAGACACCUAUGCACAUUGAUUUAGGCAAUUAGGUAGCUUAACAUACUUUGAUUGAGAUUCUUAAUUUUACAUUUGUAUUAUGUUAUAAAAUGGUGAAUGAUGGGUUUCUUAUCUGCUAAAGGAUGAUUAAUUUUUUGUGAUUUGUGUCAAUCUGCACUUGAAUGGAAACUGGAAUUCAAUGUAACAUGUUCUUUUGUGCACUCAAAUUAUUUUUAUAUGUUAAUUAUCUUAAAUGUGCAGAAUAUAUAAGAAAAAAGUCUGUUUAUCAAAACAUGUUUUGCAUUUAAAACCAAUUGAUUUAUUAAACAAAGGGAGUAUUGUCUGUAGUUAGUGAACUGAAAUGAU